UCAUCAUCCUUAAAUGGGAUUGAAAAACUUAUAAUUUGCAACCAGUUCUAUAAUACAGGUCAUCAGGUCUCGUUAUUUCCAGGACCUUGACACCUCCAAAGCAGAGCUCCAGACAACACGAGCGUCAUGGAUAAUGUGGACGUGGAUGUAGAGGUUCAGGACAGGACCGUGGAUCUCGAAUGCGAAGGGGAUGAUCAGCCCUCGACCAGCAGAUCCUUCGAACACUCCAGGAUGGAGAAGCUUCCUUCUAGCAGCGGCCGCAGCAGCAAUAGAGUCCCGAAGAAGCGGUUCGAGGUAAAGAAAUGGAACGCCGUCGCCUUGUGGGCCUGGGACAUUGUUGUGGACAACUGUGCCAUAUGCAGGAAUCACAUAAUGGACCUCUGCAUAGAAUGCCAGGCGGACCAUUCCUCAGCCGUUACUGAGGAGUGUACGGUCGCCUGGGGAGUCUGCAACCACGCCUUCCACUUCCACUGCAUCUCCAGAUGGCUGAAGACACGCCAGGUCUGCCCUCUGGAUAACCGUGAGUGGGUGUUCCAAAAAUAUGGCCACUAGGGACAACUCUGCCUUUGGAUUUUUAUACACAAAAAUUUUGAUAACACAAAUUUUAUAAAAAUAAAAAUUUUACCGAAAUAA